GUUCUCGCGAGAGUUCAUUCCUGUAGCUGUCAUGGCGGCCCAGUGACCGCUGCAUGCGUGUGUGUGAUGAAGCUCGCUGUGUGUGGUGUGUGUCAGUAGAUGAGAGUGAUGAUGAUGAGUGUGAUGAAGGCUCGGCUCGGCUGGGUCCGGCUCGCUGCUGUCAGAGGCUUUCAUGAGCGGACUGUGGCUGUGGGUUUAGGGGACAGGAGGCUGGAGAUCUCAACCGGGAAACUCGCUCGCUUCGCUGACGGCUGUGCAGUGGUCAAAUUGGGCGAGACGUCAGUGAUGGUGACUGCAGUCAGCAAGAGCAAACCGGCCAGCGCUUCCUUCAUGCCUCUCGUGGUGGAUUACAGGCAGAAAGCAGCGGCUGCAGGACGAAUACCCACAAACCACCUGAGGAGAGAACUGGGCAGCACCGACUCCGAGAUCCUGACCAGCCGGCUCAUCGAUCGCUCCAUCAGGCCGCUGUUUCCCGCCGGAUACUUCUACGACACACAGGUGCUGUGUAACAUACUCGCCGCUGAUGGAGUCAACGACCCGGAUGUUCUGGCCAUUAACGGAGCGUCUGCAGCUCUGGCUCUGUCUGAUAUCCCCUGGAGCGGCCCCAUCGGUGAGUGCAGCGCUCGUGCAGGUGUGUGUGUGUGUGUGUGUGUGUGUGACGCUGUGUGUGCUGCAGGUGCGGUGCGCGUGGGGCUGGUGGACGGAGAGUUCCUGGUGAACCCCUCGCGCUCGGAGAUGAACAGGAGCUCGCUGAACCUCGUGAUCGCGGGAGCGCCGGCCAGCCAAGUGGUGAUGAUCGAGGCCGCGGCGGAGAACGUCCUCCAGCAGGACUUCAGUCACGCGGUGAAGCUGGGGGUCAAACACACACAGCUGAUUGUCCAGGCCAUCCAGCAGAUGAGCCGUGAGCUGAAGGUGUCCAAGCGCUCUCCCGCCAGACUCUUCACCGCCUCCGCCGAGAUGGUGGACUACACACGCCUGUUGACGUCCGCUAAGAUCUACGCUGUGUUUACAGACUUCACACAUGACAAGAUAUCCAGAGAUGAAGCGAUUAAUAAGAUCCGUCUGGAGGCCGAGGAGCAGAUCAGAGAGAAGUUUCCGCAGGCGGAGACGUUCGAGGUGGUGGAGGCCUUUAACAGCGUCUCUCGAGAGAUCUUCAGGAAUCUGGUUCUUCAGGAAUACAGACGGUGUGACGGAAGAGAUCUCACGUCUCUACGCAACAUCUCCUGUGAGGUGGACGUGUUUAAGCCACUCCACGGCUCGGCUCUCUUCCAGAGGGGUCAGACACAGGUGCUGUGCUCCGUGACCUUUGACUCUCUGGAGUCCAGUCUGAAGACAGACGUGAUCACCACAGCGCUCAGUGGAGUCAAAGACAAGAACUUCAUGCUGCACUAUGAGUUUCCUCCGUACGCCACCAAUGAGAUCGGGAGGAUGGGCGGGACCAACCGGCGCGAGCUCGGCCACGGAGCGCUGGCAGAGAAAGCUUUGAGACCCAUCAUUCCUGCAGACUUUCCCUUCACCAUCCGCGUGACGUCUGAGGUGCUGGAGUCCAACGGAUCCUCCUCGAUGGCGUCGGUGUGUGGCGGGAGUCUCGCGCUCAUGGACGCAGGUGUGCCCGUGUCGUCCGCUGUGGCCGGCGUGGCCAUCGGCCUGAUCUCCAGAGCCAGCCCGGAGAAGCCGUCGGAGAUCCAGGACUACAGGCUCCUGACGGAUAUUCUGGGAAUAGAAGAUUACAACGGAGACAUGGACUUCAAGAUGGCGGGGAGCAGCAAGGGCAUCACGGCUCUGCAGGCGGAUGUUAAAAUCCCAGGACUUCCUCUGAAGAUCGUGAUGGAGGCCAUACAGCAGGCCACAGGUACGCCUCCUCCACGAGCAUCAUGGGACGCACACAGCGAGUGUCUGACGUGCCGCUCUCUGCUUUCUCUUCCAGUGGCCAAAAGAGAGAUUCUCGCCAUCAUGAACAAGAGCAUCGCCAAACCCCGCAGCUCCCGGAAGGAGAACGGGCCGGUCGUGGAGAACGUCAGCGUGCCUUUAUCCAGACGAGCUCGCUUCGUCGGUCCAGGAGGGUUUAAUCUGCGCAGACUGCAGGCUCAGACAGGUGUGACGAUCAGUCAGGUGGACGAGGACUCGUUCUGUGUGUUCGCUCCCACUCCCAGCGCCAUGAACGAAGCCCAGGAGUUCAUCCGGGAGAUCUGUAAAGAUGAUCAGGAGCAGCAGCUGGAGUUCGGAGCCGUUUACACCGCUACCAUCACAGAGAUCAGGGACAUCGGUGUGAUGGUGAAGCUGUACCCCAACAUGAGCGCCGUCCUCCUGCACAACUCUCAGCUGGACCACAAACGGAUCAAGCAUCCCAGCGCUCUCGGACUGGAGGUCGGCCAGCAGAUCCAGGUGAAGUAUUUCGGCCGGGACCCGACGGACGGCCGGAUGAGGCUCUCUCGGAAGGUCCUGCAGUCUCCGGUGUCGGCGACGGUGAAGAGUCUGAGCGAGAGACACAGCAUCUCUAUUGGCGAGCCCGUCACGGACCCCUAGACAUCAUCGCCUCUAUUGAUGAACACUCUUAUUAACCUCUUCAGCUUCUGCGCCGCAAAACCCUCUAACCUGGAAGUGUUGAAAUCUUUCAGAUGAGAAACAGUCCAUAUUUUGUAGAAAUAAACGAGUCCAACACACACGAUGUGUCCUCACGCAUCCCUAUGGUACUGUCUGUAAAUGUGGCGUACUGUACGUACUCAUGCAGUUUGUCCAGUAGAGCAACUGGCCUCAUUUAUCAGCGCACACCUUCCUCUCGUCCAAUCAGAUCAUCCAACCAGGAGCGCAUCAUCAUCUACCAAUCAGAUCCUGCUAGUCUAUACACCAUCGUUAAAUACUGAUUUGUCUAUGAAGAAACUUGAUGAUAAUUUGAUCACACACAGCCAACAGCGUUCCCCACUUCUUCAGUCGAGCCGUUUUAAUGAUGCACAUGAGCAAUCUGGAGCAUUAACCUAAACAUUAAAUUCAAUUAUUAUGAUUCCCUUUGUAGAAUAUAGGUGGGUUAUUUUUAAAUGUGUGACGGGUUUUUGCUGCAUAUAUCUUUAACAGUGCAACGCCCAGCAGACGAGCGAUACGAGUCGGUUAAAACACUCGAUCACACACAUGUGAGUCAGACUUAAUAGUUUUUGAUUGUAAAAGUUACGGACAGCUUUCUAAAUAAAUGCAAAGAAUCUUUUUGAUUGAUUAGAUUA